UCUUUGUCUCUUCCUCUCACUCUCCCACACAGAAUUUUCUUUGUUUAAUGCCAAUUGGAAAACCCAGAAGUAAAUCUAGUACUUGUUUCAGUGUUGGGUUCUGAAAGUCUUGGUGCUUAGGUUCUGUAACCCCGGAAAAGAAUCAGGUGAAAAUGGAUCCUGUUACUAAAAAACCUUUGUUUUGUCUGAAAUGGCCGUGGGAUGUUGAUCGACAUGCGAAAAAUGGGAAAGUCUGCACCUUUGAAAGUCCUUGGCUUUUCAGGUCCUUGCAGAGUCUGGGAUCCGUUGCGCUUAAUUCGUUGAACUCGAUUUCAGAAUCCUCUAAUUCUUGGAUCAAUAAUUUUAAUCCUAUCAAUCUGGGUGCGAGAACUGGCCAAGAUAACUUUUUGAAGAAUAAAAAAAGGGUCUUGACUCCUGAAGAGCAAGGAGAAGCAGAGCAAAGAGCAUUUGCCUCGGCACUGGCAAGUGGUAAAGAGGCUACGGUGCUUGAGUUUUAUUCGCCUAGAUGCAGGUUGUGCAACUCUUUGCUUAAUUUUGUCCUGGAGGUAGAGGGUAGAAACUCAAGUUGGCUCAAUGUUGUAAUGGCAGAUGCAGAGAACGAGAAAUGGCUGCCUGAGCUACUUCAUUAUGACAUAAAAUACGUUCCUUGCUUUGUUCUGCUGGACCAAAAUGGGAGGGCACUGGCAAAGACAGGAAUUCCAAGCAGUCGACUACAUGUAGUUGCUGGCCUCUCUCAUCUUCUCAAAAUAAAACGGGCACAGAAUAAUAGUGGUUGACUAUAUUUUGUGUUCAGAACAGAUAAAAUUACCAUGUCUUUAGUGUUGUAGACUUUCAAGUGAACUGGCGGAUGUUGGACCAGUCAAUUUGAGGAAGCCAGGCACGAGCACAAAAUGAUAGGAGACAUUCAUUCAGUUAAUAGUUUUGUUGUUGAAAAAACCUUUAGAACACCUUCUGCCAAGUUGGCCUCCUUGUUUUCCCUGGUGGCUUCUGUCCUUUAGCAAAACAAAUUCACGGCCUCCGAAGACUGGUUUGUUUAUCUUAGGAAAGCGUACUUAUUUCUUCUCAUGGCAUGGGAGCAAGAGUGAAGGACUUUUUGGAGUUAGAAAGCUGAUUAGGUAUCGAUAAGAAUCAGAAUUACGAAGAGAUUUAAGGGAUGAAAACUAUGUAUCCAGUGCCACAGGAUUUAUGUUGGAAAUUCUUAGAAUCUAAUUCACUAGUUAAAAUAGCCUUGUACUGAAUAAUCAUGAACUGCCAGUUUCCACUGUGUUUGGGUUGAUACCCUGGUGCUCUGAAUCUGAUUUGAUCCUUUGGUUCC